UGUUUACAACAUUGACUUACAUUUGAAGCAGAGUGUUUAUAACAUGGCUUACAUUUGAAGCAGAGUGUUUACUGUUUAUAUUACCGUAAAAACUAACCCUUAUUCUUCCAUUGUUAUUCUCACUCUCUUGCACUUAGGUUCAAUUCAUUAUCAGUGCAAAAAGAAAAUGCCAUCAGAUAUCGUUCUUCAGCGCCCUCUGUUUGGGGGACAAAUAUCAUGUUCGUUCCCCAACAGAUUCCAGGAUAUUAGCGAAAUUCGCCAAGUCCCUGAUCAUCAGGAGGUGUUUGCGGAUCCUAGUCGCGAUGAAAGUUUGAUUGUUGAGCUUUUAGAGUAUAAGCCUGAUGUUGCUGAUAGUGGUAGUGCUGUGUGGUUUCUGCAAGACCUUGCUAGGGAACAGGACGCUGAAGGAACUGUGGUUAUUGAGCAGUCAGGAGUUCAUGAAGCACCUGGUUUGAUGUACAAUAAUAUACCGGCUGUUGUAACAACUGCAGUAGGCCAAAUGGCGAUUUCUAAGGGACGACAGGGAAGGGAAGCACAAAAUAUUGUGAAAGUUCAUUUGGCGAAUUUGCGUAUUAAAGGAGUUGAAACUGAUGUACUAAUAACUGCAUAUGAGCCGAUUGUUAUAAACCCUUUUAGCGAAAGUGCGGACACAGUUGGUGCCGGCAUGGCUGUUCCUGCUGCACAAGCUGGAUGUAUGCCAAUGGAUGAGGUGUUUAAACUUGCUGUUACAAGCUUCAAUGUUAAUGACUGGAGUCUUUUUUGAUGUAUGCGUUGAUGUUCAAUUAUAAUAUGGAGUUGCAAUUUUGGUGACAUUUGAACUAUCAUUAUUCUAGUAAAAUUUUGAGCAUAGGUGCUAUUUUCCCUUUA